AUGAAGGGAGACUCUGGCGCCCUCAGCGCAGGGGCGGAAGGAAGAGCGCGGGAGCAGACAGGUGACAAAAGUGACAAGGAUGAUGGUGGCUCACCCUCGCCCCCUGUUGGUGAUAUUGCUGCCGCUGCUCCUCUCCUGCUUGCCCGCGCUCGGAAUACCCAACAGAUUCUUCUACCAAGACAUUCUCACGGAAACGGCAAUGGAGAGAUAUUUUCCUUUCUAGUCCACUUUAACGUGUUAAAGCUCCAUGUGGACUCCUCCCAGCCCUCUGUGUUCGCUUUGCGGGGGAGUAACGCAACCCUACCCUGCCGAUACUGGUAUGAGCCAGAGUUGAGCUCCCCCAGGAGGGUGCGGGUGAAGUGGUCCUGGCUGCCCGUCGUGGGGGGCCAUGAGACAGACAUUCUAGUGGCCAUCGCCCGCAUUCACAGCUUUGGGGAUUUCAGGGACCGGGUGCGUCUCAGACAGGACUCACCAGGAGAUGCUUCGCUGGUCAUGACUGAACUCCAGCUCAAUGACACGGGUCGUUACCGCUGUGAGGUCAUUGACGGGCUGGAGGACAAGAGCGCCACKGUCGACCUCGAGCUACGAGGUGUGGUAUUUCCCUACCAGCCUCCUCACGGCCGUUACAACCUGACCUACCAUGAUGCCCAGCAAGUCUGCCAGGAGCAGGACUCCACUCURGCCACCUUCGAGCAGCUGUUCCAGGCCUGGGAGGAGGGGCUGGACUGGUGCAACGCAGGUUGGCUGGCUGACGGGACAGUGCAGUACCCAAUCACCAAGCCCCGGAGCCCCUGUGGGGGGCUAGGCCUCGCCCCCGGGGUUAGGAGCUACGGUAGACGCCACCGCCACCUCCACCGAUACGACGUCUUCUGUUUCUCCUCCUCCCUCCGAGGUAAGGUCUACUACCUCCAGCUCCCCCAGAUCAACCUCACUGAGGCCCAGCAGGCGUGCUUCAACGACGGGGCCCAGAUAGCCAAGGUGGGCCAGCUCUACGCCGCCUGGAAGUUCAUGGGCCUGGACCGCUGUGAUGCCGGAUGGCUUGCUGACGGGAGCCUGCGCUACCCCAUCACCAACCCCCGCCGCAACUGUGGCCCCAUGGAACCAGGGGUGCGCAGCUUUGGGUUCCCCCCUCCAUACCAGAAGCAUGGGGUGUACUGCUACAGUGCAGGUACGCGGUAAAUCUGAUAUACGUGGUAAAAGUACAUACCACCCUUAGGUCAUACCAUUUACAUCUCUCGUAGUAGGUAGGGGAACAAACCGAAAUCCACAUGAAUGAAUGUUGACAUGCAUAGAAAUUCAAGAUGCUAUGGUGAGAGGGCUGUGUUAUGAUGUAAAGUUGUGGUAUGGUGUGUGAGGGCCUCUACUGUGGUGAAGGCUUGAUAAUAUACUGGGAUACGAUGGCCUGGUGGUUGUGUUUCAGGGUUAUAGUCCUCGCUAGUCUGUCAGCCUCCCUUGUGAUUUAGACAAGCAGGUUAGCAACGCCAUGGUGAACAACAUGCAUGUUCCACCACGGGGGUUAGCCACUCACUGUAACAAAAGGGACAUUUUGUUCAAUGACUUCUUCCUGGAUUGGGAUGUCCUUGCUGCUCUUUAUGUUAAAGGGUUUCUUUUUUCUAGAAGUUUUACCUCAUAUUCAUUAUAUCUAGGACAAUACCAGUCUACAUAUGGAAAUGGCGCGUUUCAAUGUUUUUGUUGUCAAAAAGAUGGAAGAAAGGGUUGUAACCAAAUUACUCCCAGUGAUGUCGUCUGUAAUUUUCAAAUGAAAACAAAGACUUUCAUACAAUGGCUUUCCAGUCUUCAAAAAUCAUUGUUUUAAUUUGAAAAUGGCUCCCGGUGAUAUCACCGGGCGUAUUUUUCUCAGAACCUUUUCUUCUACCUUGGGUGCAUUCGUAAAUUCACUCUGGCUAUCUACUCCGAUUUCAGAGCACUAUCGUCUGAGUGUGCCAGAG